AUGUCUCGCGUCCCACCAGCCAAGAGAAGCAAGGUGACAUUGAUGACGGCAGCUGAUGUGACAAGCAGCGCUGCCGCAAACAUGGCCCGCAGCAGUAUCCCAAGCAGUGCACGUGGCCUGGACAAGAGCACGAUGGACCGCACCCGAAUCUGCGCGAAUCCGCUGAAGGUGGCGGUGUUGCCAGCCGUGCUGCUCAUGCAAUUGGUGGCGGCGGUCGUGACGACGCUGCUGUGGGCACCACGCCACCUCAUGGCGCUGUUGGUGCCAACGCACGACGCACCACCACCGCCUCAGGUGCCAACGCCAACACUGAUGGUAGCGCCGAUACCGCUUGCGGACUUGCUGAAGCAAAGCCCACGUGCUGAGCUAGUUCAGAAGAAGGACGAGCCAAAGCGCACGCCGCGGCCACUCCACAAACUCCUUCCACCGCACGUCCUGCAUCCACCAUCACCGCGUCCCGUCCGCGCUCGAGGUCGCGUUCAGCCAACACGCCUGGUUCCCACGAAACCGCACGUGUGCACAUGUGCCAGUCGCCGACGCGCCGCCGCCACCGCCGCUGCCACCGCCGCCGCUGAUGCUGCUGGCCGCGGUGAUAGUGGUGUUGAUCGUGUCGACAGCGUUGAUGGUGAUCGUGGACGUGUGUGA